AUGUCUCCGUCAAUGGACAAGAGCGAGAUCCAAUACAUCGAUGAGAAGGCGGAAUCGAUCGAGUCGCCGAAGCCAUAUCAGAUCGUUAAAAUCGACAACUUCCAAGUGCUAGGUCUGGCACCUGAAGAUGCCGAUUUCUAUAUCAACUACUCGGAAGAGCAACGGAAGAGAGUUAUCCAUAAGGUCGACAUACGCUUGGUACCAAUGCUUGCAGUCCUUUAUCUGAUCUCCCACAUUGAUCGAGCAAACAUCGGAAACGCGAAAAUUGAGGGCAUGGUCACUGACCUCGGUCUCGACGGGGUGCAAUGGAACAUCGUCUUGUCAGUGUUCUUCGUGCCAUACAUCCUUCUCGAGGUUCCAUCCAACAUUCUCCUGAAGAAAUUCAAACGUCCAUCCUACUACCUCGGCAUACUCACCGUCUGUUGGGGUAUUGUCAUGACCAUGAUGGGCGUGGUGAAAAACUUCGCUGGGUUAUUAGCAGCCCGCAUUCUUCUUGGCGUGUUCGAAGCUGGAUUCUUUCCAGGCGCAAUCUAUCUUUGCUCUUACUGGUACAUGCCAAAGGACCUUGCGACGAGGAUUUCGUACUUCUAUUGCGCAUCAGCACUAUCUGGCGCGUUCAGUGGCCUGCUCGCCGCAGCCAUCGCCAAAAUGGAUGGCGUCGGAGGCUACGAAGGAUGGCGCUGGAUUUUUUUGUUGGAGGGCAUCGUCACCGUCGCGCUCGGUGUCUCGUGCUUCUUCCUUCUGAUCGACUCUCCAGCAUUGAGCGGACGAUGGCUAAAGCCUGACGAGAUUCGCUUCCUCGAGCUCCAACGAUUCAUCAAGGACGGCGGAAGGUUCGGGGAGGAAAAGAAAGAGGGCUUCAAAUGGAGCGACUUGAAGGCCGUAUUAUGCAAUUGGCGCUUGUACAUGCAAGCAUACAUUCUGCUCUGCAUAUCGGCAUGCUCAUACGGAACGAAGUUCACCUUGCCCACCAUUACAAAAAGUAUGGGAUUCAACAAUACCAACGCUCAACUCAUGACCGUACCACCAUACGUGGCCGGUGCUUUGAGCUCCAUCUUCUUCGCUAAGCUCUCAGAUCGGUUUUACUGGCGUUUGCCGUUCGUCGCAAUUCCUCUCUCCUUCAUCUUCAUUGGAUAUGCCGUGGUUAUCUCGUUCGAUGGCGACUUGGGUGGCAAUAUUGGUCCGGCGUUUUUCGCCAUCAUUCUGACCUGUAUGGGUAUCUACCCCAUCCAGCCAGCUGGAAGCAGUUGGGCUGCCAACAAUCUCGCCCCUUCUUCCCGUCGUGCCAUUGGCGUUGCCUUCAACAUCUGCGUUGGUAACAUCGGUGGUGUCAUCGGCAGCUACAUGUACCUGGAGAGCGAGAAGCCCAAGUACUAUACUGGGUUCGGACUGUCCCUCGCGUUCGGCGCAACUGGUUUCAUUGUCGCAUUCCUACUGGAGUUGUCGUACAAGUGGGGCAACACGAAGAAGGCGAGGCUCAGCGAGGAUGAAAUCCGGGCAAAGUACACGGACCAGGAGCUACUGGCCAUGGGUGACAAGUCGCCAUUGUUCCGAUACACUUUGUAG